CAUGUCAACUUCCGUCAUGUGUUAAGAAUUUUAACUUUCACUUUAGAACAUUAAGACAUUUUAUGCAAAUCUAAACUAACUUUAGAAAAAUGAGACUUCUAUUAAAGCCAAGUUACUUUACACAAUCGUGUAGAAUUCUGUUUGAAAAGAAAUUUCACACGCAGGUCACAGCAUUUUCGGCAAAGAAAGUUGGUGAAGUGAUCAAGGAUGUUGAGCGCAUCAGAAACAUUGGAAUCUCGGCUCAUAUUGACUCGGGCAAAACCACCCUGACAGAACGUCUUCUGUUCUACACUGGUCAGCUAGACCAGAUGCACGAGGUACGAGGUAAGGAUGAGGUUGGAGCUAAGAUGGACUUUAUGGAGCUAGAGAGGCAGAGAGGUAUCACCAUCCAGUCUGCUGCCACCUAUGUCAUGUGGAAAAACAUCAACAUAAACAUCAUCGACACACCUGGCCACGUAGACUUCACUGUCGAAGUAGAGCGAGCCCUGAGAGUUUUGGACGGUGCGGUGCUGGUGCUAUGUGGGGUUGGGGGUGUACAGUCACAGACACUCACAGUCAACCGACAGAUGAGGAGAUACAAUGUACCCUGUAUAGCCUUCAUCAACAAACUAGACAGAACAGGUGCCAACCCCCUGAGAGUACUCAGUCAACUUAGAUCGAAGCUAGGUCACAACGCAGCCUUCCUACAGCUUCCUAUUGGAUUAGAGGAGCACUUGGAAGGAGUCAUUGACCUUAUAACGAUGAAGGCCCUAUACUUCCAGGAGCCCCAGGGAAUGAAGAUAGUGGAAGAGGAGAUUCCCGAGGACCUGCUGUCACUGGCCAAGGAGAAGAGACAAGAACUUAUAGAGCAUGUAGCAGACGCUGAUGAGACACUCGGGGAGAUUUUCUUGGAUGAGAGGGAACCAACUGUGACGGAACUCCAGGAUGCUAUCAGACGUGCAACUAUCAAGCGUCAGUUCACUCCUGUCAUGCUGGGCUCGGCAUUGAAGAACAGAGGGGUACAACCAUUGCUGGACGGUAUUCUUGAGUACAUGCCGAACCCUUCGCAGGUCACAAACUACGUCAUUGACAACAGUAAUGAGGAAGAAAUGAAGACAGUCAUGGAUCCAGAAAGAACUGAUGAGAAGCCUUUAGUAGCACUCGCCUUCAAACUCGAGGCAGGAAAGUUUGGUCAGCUAACAUACAUGAGGAUGUACCAAGGAGGUUUGAAGCGCGGAGACACAAUAUUUAACACACGUACAGGCAAGAAGACCAAGGUGGCUCGACUUGUACGCAUGCACGCUGAUGAAAUGCAGGAAGUAAGUGAGGCCUAUGCAGGUGACAUCUGUGCUCUGUUCGGAGUGGACUGUGCCAGCGGAGACACCUUCGUCACCAAGGGAAACAUGAAUCUCUCCAUGGAGUCGAUGUUCGUCGCUGAGCCGGUGAUAGCCAUGUCCAUCAAGCCAGCCAAGAACUCUGACCUGGACAACUUCUCCAAGGGAAUUGCAAGGUUCACGAAGGAAGAUCCCACAUUCAAGGUCCACUGGGAUGAUGAUAACAAGGAAACUAUAGCCCAGGGAAUGGGGGAGCUUCAUCUUGACAUUUAUGCUCAGAGGCUGGAGAGGGAGUUCAACUGUAAAGUGGUUCUGGGUCGUCCCCGCGUCUCCUUCAAAGAGAGUCUGAAAGAGCCAGUCUCGUUUGAUUACCUGCACAAGAAGCAGUCUGGAGGUCGUGGCGAGUUUGCUAGGGUGUCAGGAGAUGUAGCUCCAUUACCUGUGGAAGAGAACACGAAGCUGGACUUCCAGGAUAAAACAGUGGGAACAAAUGUGCCCAAACCCUUCAUACCAGCCGUUAAUGUGGGUUUCCGGGAUUACUGUGAGAAAGGACCUCUGACAGGUCACAGAGUAUCAGGAGUGGUGUUUAACCUUCGAGACGGUGCCAACCAUCCGGUGGAUUCGAGCGACCGGGCUUUCCAACAUGCAGCACAUGGCGCCAUGAAACAUGUGUUCACCCAUGGUGAAUGGCAGAUCCUUGAGCCGGUGAUGAUGGUCGAGGUGAAUAUUCCGGAAGAAUUUCAAACAGCUGUUAUGGCCGGACUCAACCGUAGAAAUGCCGUAAUCACCAGCACAGAUGGCAUAGAAGGAUAUGUGACCAUCUUCUGUGAGGUUCCUCUUAACGACAUGUUUGGCUACAGUAACGAACUGCGAUCCCAGACCCAGGGGAAAGGGGAGUUCACUAUGGAGUACAGCAGGUACUGUCCUGUUUCCAUGGAUACGACAGAAAAACUCAUCCAGGAGUUCCAGGAGUCAGAUGAACAAGGGAAGAAACGGAAGAAAAACUGAUGUGUAGUUUAACUUAUUGUCUUGAAUUCUCAUUUUAAUAUACUAGGAUGAACUCUGUGGGAAGGCUAAAUGACUUUCUGAAAUGAAGUUCAGGAUAACAUCAAGAGGAGAAUACAUAACAAACAUGUUUUCUCUGGUGUUCUUGAUUUGGGCAGUUGGAACUUUCAUAAAACCUACAGAAUAUUACCUGUGUACAGUGAUGGAAUAUAGCAAUAGCCCAAAGCAGGCCCGGGCUUACGGGCUUAUACAACAAUAUUGGUUUUGUCAUGUCCAUACGAUCGGGCUUGUGGGCUAUAAUCUUAUUACUAUAUGAUUAAAUAAUAGGAACAUUCAGGCUUGUUGAAGGAUUUCAUUAUGUUUAUUGUUGUGUAUAAUGACAAGGAUCCAUGGUCGUUGUACCAUUCUGGUUAUAUUUGAAUAACAAAAAGGACCAGAUGUGUUUUUCUACUAUUAUUAAAUAAACUUGUCCUUUUGAAAAAAAGAAGAUAAAAAAUACUCUAAAUGUCAUUUGGAGUAAACACACUUGCAUUUUAAUGUCAGUGCAAAUUAUUCACAAAAUAAAAUAAACUGACAAUAAAAAACAACCUUUGCUGCAUCACAUUGAAUAGCUUAAAUGACUUUGAUUUUAUAAUGAUAUAUGAUGAAGUGUGUCACCAGUGGUCGUAUUUAUUUGUUAAAGCGUCUUACUGAAAAUAGUGGGUCAACUGUUACAUAAGUAAUUAUAGUUAUUCUACUUUUAAAUGAAUUGCGUGCUUACCUACAUGUAUGUUUAAAUCACUUGUUAAAGAACAAACAGCGGUGUUAAAGGAAAUGGGUUGUAAGUGGUAUGAAAUAAAGAAUCAGAUAGAGGCUUUUAGCCCCACCCCUUGAAAUGUAAGAUUCCACUAUGAGGAAUCUUCACAGUGUCCACUAUGAGGAAUCUUCACAGUGUCCAAGAGACUGUUUGCCAGUCUGCACUGGUCUGAUCAUAAAGUAGUUCCAAAAGUCGUUGUUGAAGCUUUUACCAUGACUAGGUCUUCGUAUAUUUUUCACCUGUUCUGCACAUUACAAAAACUCACAAUUAAUAGAUUAUUUGUUUAGCGUUUCCCGACUCACACACAAAAAAACUGUGACCUAAAUGUUUAUUUAGCCUCUCUUGUGGUCUGUUUUCUUCCUAUUUUGUUACGGAAUGAAUGGCUUGGGAAAUAAAAAGUGAAAAGAUCUACCUACCCACAACUCAACUUGUGCAUAGGUAAAAACUAUUGAUUAUUAAUCGUCACAUUGGCGUUAUUGCAUACAUGUAUGUUACACGCAUGUUUUAUGUGACACUUUGAAACCAAAUGAAAUAUUGAAUCAUGUUAUGCUAAGUUAUAUCAAGUUUAAGUUAUUGUUCCAUUUUGUUCUACUGAGCUCAUGGUCAAUGCCUGUAUGGUCACUCUCAUGUCUUUAUGGUCAAUGCCUUCAUGUCUUCAUGGUCAUUCUGAUGUCUUCAUGGUUAAUGUCUUCAUGGUCAUUAUCAAUUGUCAUAUCUGUGAUAAUAAAUUUUACAAAAACUAUA